AUCAACAGCGCCACCGCUAAAAUGUCAAUCGAAUGUUGAGGUGCAGUGCAAGCCUUUCGUCUGCUACGGUACGGGCAGUACGGGGCUAGUGAGGCUUAGCACGCACCGGCAAGCGGCUGUCAGUUGUGUCAGUUGUGUGUCCGAGGAUUUGCACGUGAUUUGUUAACAUGGAGGAACUCCACAUCGCCAUGGAAUUGGUUGAAUCUGACAGUGAAGAUGAGGAACUCGACGCAGUGUUGUGUCAAAUUGGUGCCCAAUUGGUCCGCAGCGAUCGUAACCGCACACCUAGGUACUACAAGGAAGUUAUGGCCCGUUAUUUUGACUACGAAUUCAAGCGCCUGUUUCGGCUGUCAAGAGAGACGUUUGAAACACUCGUGGGGCGCUUCAAGUCGUCGCCCUUUCCUAGGCCACGGGGAGGGCGCCCCCAAAUCCCAGCGGAGAACACUUGCCUGAUUUCUCUCAGCUACUUGUGCACGCAGAAUAGUAUGUAUAGAAUCGCGGAUACCUUUGAUGUCUCCGAGUCAUCCGUGUCUUUGUGCUUGAAACGGGUUCUUGACUUUCUCUUUAGCAUCAGUGAUAAAGUUAUUGCUUGGCCCAGCGAUCAAGAGCGGGCGAAUAUCAAAGCAGGCUUUGCUGCUAGGAGCGACGAAGGUCCGAGGAACACUAUUGGGUGUAUUGAUGGUUGCCACAUAGAGAUUCCGCACCAGAAUGAAUCACCGGCAUCCUACUACAAUAGAAAAAAAUUUACUUCAAUCAUUCUUCAAGGAAUCUGCGAUGCAAACAGCCGUUUCACUGACAUUUUUGUUCAUUACCCUGGCAGCGCACACGACGCACGUGUGCUGAGAGAGAGCCCCUUCUACGGCACUGCAGAAUCUAAGUGCGCCGGCGAUUAUUUACUAGGGGACGCAGCGUACCCACUCCAUCCAUGGCUAAUGCCUCCAUACAAGAGCAACAGGGCCACGUUUGAGCGCUACAAGCGAAAGUUUAAUAAGAGGCUCAGCCAGCAACGCGUAGCUAUAGAACAUGUCUUUGGCAUUUUGAACCAGCGCUUCAGGCGGUUAUAUCUUGUGGAUGCAGACACUUUUGAUCAGUGUUGCCUCAUUGUCACAGCAGCAUGUGUGCUACACAACCUAUGUAGCAGAAGUCGUGACACAUUGAGCAACUUUGAGGAUUUACCGAGGGAAGACGACAUUGAAAAUGACAACGAAGGAGCCAUCACAAGCACUGCAGCGGUUAGAGGAAUGUGUAAACGCCGACGCAAGAACAUUGCCGAAACGCAGUGCUGA